AUGCUCGCGGGGACGAUCGACUAUGCAGCGAUGCAGGCGCAGUCAAAGACGAGAGUCCCCGUACCCAGUAGCUCACCUAAUGACCCGCUCAACUGGCCGCGCUACAAGAAAGACCUCUGCUUCGGCAUCCUCUGCAUCGGUGCUGUGCUCGCAGCAACACUCAAUCCUAUUCUAGCGACUUCGACCCUCGUUUUUGUUAGUGUCCUUCACACAACAUUCACGCGCAUCGCAAUGCUCACCGGGUGGCACGUUCUCGCCGUCGCUCUGUGCGGUCCCAUCUUUAAUGCGACCUGCAAGAUUUACGGAAGGCGGCAUACCUUUGUCAUUGGACUGAUCCUGAUGAUCGCUGGCAGCGUUUGGGCUGCAGCCGCACCAGCGACGUACAAUUCUCUGCUCGGAGCGCGUUUGUUGCAAGGCUUUGGCGUUAUGCCCUUUGAGGCUCUCGUGCCGGUGGUCGUUGCAGACCUGUACUUUGUGCACGAGCGUGGCAUGUAUUAUGCAAUCUACGCGCUAGCUUACACUGGCGCUGCGUUUUUGACGCCAGUCCUGACGGGCAAAAUUACAGCAUCCUUGUCCUGGCGCUGGACAUUUGGGCUGAUUGCUGGAUUCAGCUGCCUUUUGCUGCCGCUGCUGGUUCUUUAUUGUCCAGAGACAGCCUACAAUCGUACGGAAGCAGCGCCUCAAGAUGUCGAGUCUCAUGACUUGAGUAAAGGUGUGCAGACAUCGCAGGUGGAAGUCUCGACCGGCACUCAUCAACGACACGAGCUGGCCUUGUUUUCACGUGUGCGCUAUUCUGACGAUCCCUUCUUAUUUUCGGUGGCUAAGCCAUUCAUAAUGCUCCUUCAUCCGGCCUUUCUCUGGGGCGUCUGCUCAGCUGGUCUGCUGGUUGCCUGGUCAGUCAUGCUCGCUACUGUCAUUGCUGCCCUCUUUGCAACAUAUCCCUACUUUUUCAGCAUGGAACGCAUUGGCUACCUCUAUACGGCGCCAUUUCUAGGGGCUCUCGUGUCUUUCCCCGUUGCAGGUCUUCUAAGUGAUUGGGCUGUUUGCUUCUUCUCCAAAAAGACAAAUAUCUACGAAGCCGAGUACCGCAUCUGGCUCAUGAUACCGACUACCGUCACCGCCGCUAUUGGUCUGUUCGGCUUUGGCUACAGCUUCAGUCUGCACUACUUGGUGCCGACUGUCUUGUUUGGAUUUGCCAUCUCGAGCAUCAUCUUUAGCAGCGUUGCAGUGAGCACCUACUUUGCAGAUGCCUACCCGAAGCACACGACGGACGCCUUCAUCAGCCUCGUGGUGGUCAAGAAUGUGCUUGCCUUUGCGCUGACAGUCACUGGCUUCGACUGGCUCAUCCGGGACGGGGUGAAGAAGAUGUUUCUCAUCAUGGGCUGCACGCAGAUGGGUGUCUGCCUGCUGUCUGUGCCCAUGUACCUGUUUGGCAAGCGCGUGCGUCUCUGGUCCUCGCGCUCUCAAUUUUGGCGCCGCGUUCUUGCUGCUGAAUCAAAUUGA